AUGGGCCGCGUGAAGCUGCAGAUCAAGAGGAUCGAGAACAACACGAACCGGCAGGUGACCUUCUCGAAGCGGCGGAAUGGCCUCAUCAAGAAGGCGUACGAGCUCUCCGUCCUCUGCGACAUCGACAUCGCGCUCAUCAUGUUCUCCCCCUCCAAUCGCCUCAGCCACUUCUCCGGCAGGCGCAGGAUCGAGGACGUGAUCACGAGGUACAUCAAUCUCCCGGAGCACGACAGGGGAGGAGUCGUUCGGAAUAGAGAGUAUCUGAUCAAGAUGCUUACACAACUCAAAUGCGAGGGUGACAUAGCCGAACAACUUGCACCCAAUAAAGGGCCAGUAAACUCCAACGUAGAGGAGCUUCAGCAGGAGAUCAGGACAUACCAACACCAGCUGCAAGUCUUGGAAGAGCGACUUAGGAUGUUUGAGCCGGAUCCGGUGGCGCUGGCAUCAAUGAACGAGGUUGAGACGUGCGAGAAAUUCCUCAUGGACACCCUCACCCGCGUCGAGGAGCGAAAGCAGCAGCAGCAGCACGAAGAAGAGCAGCAAGGGGACCUGGGCGUCAACGCGUUCGGGGGCGACGUGUCCUCGUGGUUCGCCGACGGGCUGCCGACGUCGUCCAUCUUCGCCGGGCCGGACCCGAUCUUGUCCUUCAGGGAUCAGGUGAUCUUUGACUCGAUGCGGCGGGACCCGGUCGUGGCGGGGGUGGACCCGGGAAUAGCGUCGAUGUGCCACGUGGACCAGCAGGCCCCCAGCGACGACUGGCAGCAGGCGUACACGUCGGCGGAGCUCCUCUCCGCGCUCAUCCCGUCCACGCCCUUCCCGCUCGACGACCAGGUGACGUGGCACGGAUCAGGACCGUCCAGUUCGACUUCGACCACUACUGCAUUGCUUUCACCUGAGCUGGCUAGAUACGGUAUGAUCCAGAUGCAGGACGCCAUGGCGCCGGUGCUCACGUCUCCGAUGGUGGCGCCGCACGUGCACGAGCAACUGGAGGCGCCGCCGGGGAGCUGCUCCAACGUGCCGACCGACGGUGACUGCGCCACGGCCACCGCCGCUGCCCAGGAGCACGGCCUGCCCGGCGCGGUCAACAUCGGCUAG